AUGGCAAAGUGGAUAUUCUUCUUCGAUGUGGAUGAGUUCAUCUAUGUGCCUCCCAAGAGCACCAUUCGUUCGGUGCUCGACUCCCUUUCCGAGUAUUCUCAGUUCACUAUUGAACAGAUGCCUAUGAGCAGCAAGCUUUGCCACACUGUUGAUGCUGCUAAACGUAACAGGAAAUGGGGUUUUGAGAAGCUUGUGUAUAGAGAUGUGAAAAAGGGAAUAAGGAGGGACCGCAAGUACGCAAUUCAACCACGCAAUGUGUUUGCCACCGGAGUUCACAUGUCACAGAACCUAGCGGGCAAGACGACCCACAAGACUGAGGGCAGGAUCAAGUACUUCCAUUAUCAUGGAACCAUUGCAGAAAGGCGUGAGCCAUGCAGAUACCUGAAUAACUCCACGGAGAUCAACUAUGAGAAAACCCCUUAUGUUUUGGACACCACCUUGAGGGAUGUUGCUGGGGCUGUCAAGAAAUUUGAGCUCAAAAUGAUUGGACCUAGGUUACAAAACACUCGCCAAUAGUUACAUUAGUUUUGCCUUGGGUUCUUUUUCUUUUUUUUUUUGUUUCUCUCUUUUAUUUUCACUUUGUGGUUAUUUAAUUGCAUGGAUGGGUAGAAGAGAGGAAUUUAUUGGGUUGUGGGGUUUCUGUUUUUUGUAUGAUAGAUUUCUAAAAGUAUAUAGGUACAGGCAGUGUAUGAUGAGCAUGCUUUAGGAAAAAGGAGGGAGAGAGAGAGAGAAUUGCAUUCUUUAUUUUUAUUGUAUUCAAAUCGAUAUCUUGACAAUGUUAUGCUUUUAUAAAAAAACAAAAAGAAAGUAAGAAUAAUUUGGUUGAUUA